AUGGUUUUCAAGAGGUACGUUGAGAUUGGGAGAGUGGCACUUGUGAACUACGGCGAGGAUCAUGGGAAACUCGUUGUUAUCGUCGACGUCGUUGACCAGAACAGAGCUUUGGUGGAUGCCCCUGAUAUGGAGAGGAUCCAGAUGAAUUUCAAGAGGCUGUCUCUUACUGAUAUCGUGAUUGAUAUCAACCGAGUGCCAAAGAAGAAGGCUUUAAUCGAGGCAAUGGAAAAGGCUGAUGUGAAGAACAAGUGGGAGAAAAGCUCCUGGGGUAGGAAGCUCAUCGUGCAGAAGCGUAGGGCUAACCUCAAUGAUUUUGAUAGGUUCAAGAUCAUGUUGGCCAAAAUCAAGAGGGCUGGUGUUGUGAGGCAAGAGCUUGCAAAACUCAAGAAGGAGACUACUGCCUGA